GGAGAAAAGGAGACCAUGCAAAACCUUAACAUCAGACUGGCUUCCUACCUGGACAAAGUCAAAGCCCUGGAAGAUGCUAAUGCUAGCAUUGAAACAAAGAUCAAGGAGUGGUACAUUAAGCACCAGCCAAAGGUAGAGGACUACAGCCCGUACUUCCAUAUCAUUGAGGAGCUCAAAUCCAAGAUCUUAACUGAAAGUUCUGAGAACGUAAAGAUUUUUCUUCAAAUUGACAAUGCCAAGUUGGCUGCAGAAGACUUCAGAAUUAAGUAUGAGAAUGAACUUUGCCUGUACCAAAGUGUUGAAUCAGACAUUUGUGGCCUACGUAAAGUAUUGGAUGAGCUGAAUUUUGCCAGGUCUGCUCUUGAACCACAGCUCCAGAGCUUGAAAGAAGAAAUUGAAUGCCUGAAGAGGACCCAUGAAGCGGAAAUUAAUGCCUUGAAGCGAGAAAGAGCCGAUAUUAAUGUGGAAAUGAAUGCUGCACCAGGAGUGGACCUAGGCAAACUUCUGAAUGACAUGAGGGCUCAGUAUGAAGAAAUUGCUGAGCAGAACAGGCAGAAGGCUGCAGACUGGUUUAUUGAAAAGAGUGCUGAACUUAACAAGGAGAUCUCACACAGCAGUGAGAUCGUUGAAUGUCACAAGACCCAACUGAACGAGCUAAGACGUACUGUUCAAGAACUGGAAAUUGAGCUACAGGCUCAACUUGCCAUGAAAAAAUCCCUGGAGUGCUCAUUGGCUGAGACAGAGGGAUGCUACAACGGCCAGCUGUCACAACUGCAGGAUUAUGUAGGAAAUCUUGAAGAACAGUUGAGUCAGAUCCGUAGUGACCUGGAAAGGCAGAACGCAGAAUACAAACUUCUUCUGGACAUCAAGACCCGUUUGGAAAUGGAGAUUCAGACAUACCGCAGGCUACUAGAUGGGGAAUCGUAA